GCAUGCAGGGCUAACAGCGUGUCUCACUUAGUCCUGAACUCUGGGGUCGGAAUGUAACUAAUCUUAUAAUGUUUACAUUCUGUGAAAACUCUGCCAACUACUGAGAAUAUGUCUGUAGUAAAAAACAAAAAUAGUAUCAUGCUUGCUAGAAUUGGCCCCUAUUGAAAAAUAAAAUGCUGUAUCCUGUUUUGAACCAAUAGGACACACAAUUUGUCUCCAGAUCGCAUAACCUAUUCCCCCCAUCAACAAAUGACCAGGUCAUGCAUUGCUCAGCUCUACAACAUUUAUGUUAGGCCUACAUAAAUUAAUAAGAGGCAAUAAGAAUUGCGAUUUACUGCAGUGGCAUUGCAGCGGUAAAUUGUCUCUUUAGCCAACAUGCAUAUACUUAAAUGACUGUAAUUACAACCCUUUGCUUUAAUUUUUUUUUUUGUUAACUGACAUCCCCUGUGCUGAGGCAAAGUAAUAUAAUAAAUAUCUGUGCAGGACUGAACAAAUCUGACACUUAUGUUUCAUGUAGAAAUGGAUCAUAUCACCUUGAAGGUAUGAAAUCAUAUUUUGACAAUGUGAAAGCUGUACGCAAGAUAAUCCUCGUGAUGAAUUAGCUUGCCUUGCACAACAUGCACAGAAGAAAUGAUCUCUGUCAUGGUUUCUGUCACUGUUUCAUAUUCUCAGGACAUAUAAUAUUGCAGAAAUUGAAAACCAAGGCAUUUGGGAAAGGCGUUUAUUUUCGUAGCCCCAACCACACCAAUCAGCCGACCUAAUAUGUACACAGGGACUUGGGGGCUUACACUUAAACGGACAUAAGUGGGGCGAGUCACUGCACAGAGUUGAAAACAUCUUUUUAGAGAGACGGGGACUAAUCUGUCUCAGCAGGACUAUCUCUUUGCUACUAGUUAUGCUAGAGCACUCCCAGAGGCAGUCGUGCCAAACUAUGCGAAGCAGGGAGCUAAAAUCAAUAUGACUACCAUCAGAGAAAACAAGCCUGUAACGCACAUACAAACGGUAUAAAGACCUUGCCUUCUUAAUGAUUACAGAGUAAUUCAAAUUAAUUCAUAUAUUAUUCUAUGCAAUAAUUCUUUUUAAUCCAUUGCAAUAGCAAAUUUUACAAGGCAAACAACAUCAUGUCAAGAUAUCGCACACAUUUGGCCUAUAUAGCAUGGUGGCAAGAAGAAGCCAUUUCUCAUAAAGGUCCACCUGGAGUUCUGCUGAAGAAACACCUGACAGAUUCUGGAACAAAUUUUCAGAAGGCUUCACGGUCAGGAGUUAACAGAAAUGGACCUUUUAGCCCAAAUGCCAAGUAUUAUGCCUAGAGAAAACCUAACAACUAAACAACAAUUAAAGACUUAUUUUUUGAUGCUUUUACUGCAUAUGCCUUAUUGUGUGCUAUGGAUCAGGGCAAGAUGAGACCAUUUCAAUUAAUAAAAUUUACAGACUAAAACACAAGAAAAUGGAAACUCUUUAGACUGUGAUGUAUUCUUUUUCCAUUCACUGCCUAAGUUGUUAUCAUGUUAUCAUGAGGAAAUAAAAUAAUUUCUCUAGGUUAAUUCUAAGUCAUAUUUCUUUCAUAAAUUACCAGGGAAAAAACUGGGAAAACUGCAAACCAUUCUCAGGAAAAUUUGCAUGCCAAAUAAUCGGAAGAAGAGCCCAAAUUCUGGAGGAUCUCACUGGUGUCCACGGCAUCAAAUAGUGUGUGUAAGAAUUCGCAUCACUCCUUUAAAUUAUUUCCACAAAUACUACUUUGAUUCAAAAGGUCAAAUAUUUCAGACAUAUCUAUAUAAAUAAGAGCACUGAAUGUGACAGCUUUCAUAAGAUGGUUUUACAAUCAGAUAUUGAUUUUUUCAGCUACGAUUUUAAAGAAGUAGAACGUGCUCAUAAGUUGCUUCACUUAUAUAUAAUGUGGUACUACUUUUAAUAUUUACAAGUGGAAAACGUGAUGUCGCUGGAACGUGACAUUGGGAUGUGGAGUAGGUAUCCAGACAGGCAGUGCUUCAAUCCUUCCUGUCCUCUGCAGAACUGUUGUUACACAAGUCAUGAAAUCAAAGUGUUUGUUUUUGACAUAAAUGUUUACACUUAAAAUAACGGAGAAGUCCUGUAAAUGAUCUUACUUGUAGGCAUCGAAUCCCUGACUAUAACACGACACACUAACAACCAUUCCUUUCACAAAUGGGUGUGAGGGGGUGGCUGUUAAUGUGCUGCUAGUGUAAGCAACAGGAAGGACACACAGCUGCACCUACUUCAGCAACUGCCAACCUCCGCCCCCCACCCCCGGGGAUUGUCCACCCUCCUGCACUUACUGCUAUGGAGCUUCACACUGUAAGUCUAGGCUAAUAUCAUUAGUGUAGCCAGUGGGACUUACAUUCAGCUAAGAAAGAAAGUGGCAUAGAUUAAAUGGGAAUCUUCAAGGGGAUGGUCACGAAGGACUGGGGAAUUAAAAGGCCUAUAAAAAGAGAGAGCUGGUGCCAUGUAGCCUGCGCCAUGUAGCCUGCGCCAUGUAGCCUGCGCCAUGUAGCCUGCGCCAUGUAGCCUGCCGUCGGACGUUCCCUGGAGACUGUCCUGACUUCCCAAUCAGAGCCCUGCCUUUACUGUCAGCUCUUGCCCUUUGAUGAAUCAUUAGCACCUCCGGCAUCUAUCAUAAGAAAUGAAUUCCCCUACAGAAAUGAUAAUGUUAAGAGUGGUGAGAUAAUGGGAUGAGCUGAACAAGUGCUGAUAACAAUGGUGACGGCCCUGAAGUGGCCCUCUGUGCUUCCACUUCCUCUCCUUUUUUAGUAAAUAACAUUGAAUGAAGCCCCCCCCCCCUUUCAGCAAAGUGGUGGACAAGGCUAGGUAUAUAAUACUGGGAGGGGACCUUUGUCUAUAAUCGGAGCUUCUCCACCCUCUCACACGGCAAUGGCCCCCAAAAAGCCAGAGCCCAAGGAAGGAGUCACCAAGUCAGCACCUGCCCCAGAACUGGAGCCACCCAAGGAGCAUCACUUCGACCCCAAGAGUGUCAUCGUGAGUUUCCCUUUGGUGGUUGUCCCAAGUUAGACUUGCACGCGAGGAGUGUGUCCAUGCCAGGUUUCCCCUGCAGUAAUCGUGGGUGAGACAGGUACGCUAAUCUCACCAUUUUGUUUGAGCAGCAUGUAGCUAACUGGCAUGCACUUGGCCAAAGAGUUGGAGGUUUGAGAUCUGGGUGCAGCUUAGCAGUUUAGCUUUUGUUGAUGGUCAACAAGUUUCAGUGUAAAACCUACAUAUGUUCUAUAAAUGGAUCAUGACUGGUUUAGUAAACACUGUAAUACAUGUCUGUAAGAUACUAAGCAUGUCCCUACCAUCCCAUACAAAACCUUUCGCCUGAAUAAAGGUUUCUUCGGUAUUACUACACUGCACAGAAAUCAGGAUUUGUGACAGAGGGUGUUUCUCCGUUUUGACUUUGAUUUAGUGUAACAGAAAAUGCAGUAUUUACUUAUUAUACAAGAAAAACAGAAAACAGGCUAUAUAAGAGCCAAAGCCCAUUUGCUUCAUUAUAAUUCUCCUGAAUCCAGAGACAACCUGUAGUGCAUGGAUUUGAUAGCAAACAAAGAUGAGUUUAUGAUGAGUUACACUGUUCACAAAUGACCAGAAGAGAUAUAUAUUUCACCUACUUGACUUAGCCAGAUGGGUGCAAUUUGGCUUUCAUUCAUCAAAAGGAAAUGAUUAAGUCUCCAUUACGGAUGUUCUCCAACUUGGAAUUCACAGUCACAGGUCACUGAAUUGCCAUUUAGACAAUCGAAUUACAUCUUUGCAUUCCAAUUGUUUAGUUGAUUAGCCACCUUUUCCCCUUUGGGAUCAAUGAUGAGAUAUUUGAUUUCAUACUAAUCCUUGUAAGUAAGGGGGUGUUAUUCGAUAGAACCACUCUACAAAGUUGACCUUUAGAAGGCAACACCUUAAAUCUUUAUCAAGGUAAAACGAGGUGGCCUGAACCACGUCACGCAUUACACAGUGCCUGACAAUCUUACUUCCACCACAGAAUUUUUAGCUAAACAAGCAAACCCAAAUGCCUUUUAAAGGUUGAGUACUGGCCAUAAAUGUAAAUCUGAGUGUUACUUUCCCAAUAAAGAGAAGUCAAAUUUACAUUAGUGGAACAGAUGCUUUUUACCCAAAGUAAGAUAAUUGGGAAAGCAGGGAACAAUUGGAGUUAAAGGACUCACUCAAUGACCCAAUCACUCUGCCAACCAUGAGAUUUGAACUGGCACCCGUCCACUUACAGGCACAGAGCCCAAACCCGCAGAGGCACACACAACGUCCUAGAACACCAAUAAAUAUAUUAGUACUCCUAGUAUAUUUAGCUAGUACACCAUGCAAUAUAAAUAGUUUAAUUACAUUUAUACAUAUCCUAUCAUUUUACUUGGUUUAUCUCUCAUUUCACUUUGUUUAAAGGUCCCCUUUCGGAUGCUUAUAAAAUUGCUUUUGACACAUUAAAAGUAUUCACAAUAGAAUUUCCAAAUUCUUUUCUAGAUUGAAUUUAAUGCAGACCAGAUUGAAGGUAAGCAAAGCUAUAAAUACUUUAUAAGGAGUCUAUGUAUAACAAUGGUUACUCCAUUAGUACAGCACUGAGGUAAAGUUUGUUUCCACAGUGACUGGAAAGUCAUAAAUGCAUCUCAGAGGUUCCAAGUGUAUUCUUCUCAUGGAAGUGUCAAAAGACUCAUGUUUGCUGUUUCUUUCACUGAUGCUAUAAAUCCUAUCCAAAAAGAGUUCAAGGAGGCCUUCCUGCUGUUUGACAGGACUCCCACCGGUGAGAUGAAGAUCACCUAUGGCCAGUGUGGGGACGUCAGGCGAGCCCUGGGCCAGAAUCCAACCAAUGCAGAGGUCAUGAAAGUCCUGAGGAAACCUAAGCCUGUGGGUGUGUGUUCAUUCACCUAUAAUCUGUGUAAAAUGUCAAAAGACACAACACUAACAAUAGCUAAAACUAUUAUGGUAUUUGACACAUGAGUAAACAAAGAUAAUAUGUUCAGUAUGAUGAUUCCUACGAGAUUCAGUAUAAUUAUUAGGUAUCUAAUAUUCCAUUUUCAAGUGGUAUGCUGGUGCAGUGGUUAACACUGUUGCCUCACACCUCUGGGACCCUGGUUGAAGUACAUGUGUGUGGAGUUUGCAUGUUCUCCCCAUGUCGUCGUGGGGUUUCCUCUGGGUACUCCGGUUUCCCCCCACAGUCCAAAAACAUGCUGAGGCUAAUUGGACAUGCUAAAUUGCCCGUUGAUGAGCAUGUAUGAGUGAGUGGUGUGUGAGUGUGCCCUGUGAUGGGCUGGCCCCCCAUCCUGGGUUGUUCCCUGCCUCGUGGCCAUUGCUUCCGGGAUAGGCUCCGGACCCCCCACGACCCAGUAGGAUAAGCAGUUUGGAAAAUGGAUGGAUGGAAUUGCAAUUAUUUGCAAAGUCCUUCUUUGCAGAGUGGUGGCUCUGAGGCUAGGGAUCUGUGCCAGCAAUUGGAAGAUCGCUGGUUCAAAUCCUAAGAAUGCCAGCAGUGAUCCUACUCCAUUGGGUCCUUGAGCAAGGCCCUUAGCCUGCAAUUGCUUCAUCCUGGGCAUGACGUUAAUCUACAUCCAGCCCAGCAAGAAGGUCUUCCAACUUAGCAGCCAGCCUAUGGGCACAAGGCAGUGAAUAACCCAGGACUGGGACUCCAACCCCCAGAAAAAACUCACACUGUCCCAUUUAGAUUAGUGUGGUGCUGAGGUAUCAACUGCUGCAUGGUUGCACUCAGGUUCUCAUCCCUGAGGUGGUUCGUCAUGUGGGGGGUGCGACAAUGUGCUGUAAUCAGUGUGCAUUCCUUACCUCCUCCUCCCUCUUGGCUAUGAAAAUUAACUUAAUCCCAAAAAACCCAUUUCCACUGAAUUUCAGCCCUGCCACAAAAGUACCUGUUGACAUCAUUUCAGUGAUUCCCUCGUUAACACAGGUGAGAGUGCUGACGAGGACAAGGCUGGAGAUCAUUCUGUCAUGCUGAUUGAGUUAGAAUUGCAGACUGGAUGCUUUAAAAGGAGGGUGGUGCUUGAAAUCAUUGUUCUUCCUCUCUUAACCAUGGUUACCUGUAAGGAAAUAUGUGCAGUCAUCAUUGCGCUGCACAAAAAAGGGCUUCACAGGCAAGGAUGUUGCUGUUUGUAAGAUUUCACCUAAAUAUCAACCAUUUAUUGGAUCAUCAAGAACUUCAAGGAAAGAGGUUCAAUUGUUGUGAGGAAGGAUUAAAGGCACCCAAUAAUGUCCAGCAAGCACCAGGUCCAUUUCCUAAAGUUGAAUCAGCUGCAGGAUCGGGGCAGCAGGCAGGUGAGUGCAUCCGCACAUGCAGUGAGGCGAAGACUUGAUGGCCUGGUGUCAAGAAGGGCAGCAAAGAAGCCACUUCUCUCCAAGAAAAACAUCAGCGACAGACUGAUAUUCUGCAAAAGGUACAGGGAUUGGACUGCUGAGGACUGGGGUAAAGUCAUUUUCUCCGAUGAAUCCCCUUUGCGAUUUGUUUGGGGCAUCCAGAAAAAAGAUUUGUCCAGAGAAGAGAAGGUGAGCGCUACCAUCAGUCCUCCAUCAUGCCAACAGUAAAGCAUCCUGAGACCAUUCAUGUGUGGGGUUGCUUCUCAGCCAAGGGAGUGGGCUCACUCACAAUUUUGCCUAAGAACACAGCCAUGAAUAAAGAAUAGUACCAAAACAUCCACCGAGAACAACUUCUCUUAACCAUGGGAAAAUUUUGAUCAAUCUAAUUCCUGAUCCUUCCUGAGAACCUAAAAAUGAUUCCUGUUGACAAAUAAACUAUAUUCCUAUGCAACAGGAUUCUAUUUGUUGUUCGAACCUGAGGGAAUUUCUUGACAGGAGAGAAGAUAUGAGGGAGAGGUGGAACAGCUUCUUGCAGAACAGGAAGACAGCAAUGGCAUCAACUAUGAAGGCAGUCACAUCCUUCUAUGCACAUCAUAUCUGGUUGAAUAUGGAAGUUAGUUUAAAUUGUACAGUAUAUGUACUUACAAAAAAAAUCUAUAGAAUUUCUUUAUCUUUGCAAGAAAUCUGAAAAAAAGUAAAAUCUUUGUUUUACUAUGUAGGAUCUUCUUUGGCACUAAAAAUCUAGCCAUGAGGCAGUUUGCAUCACCCAGAUAUGAAGAUGUUCAGCUAGAAAUAAAGGACCAUAAGCAAUGUAGUACUGCCAUUGUGUGCCAUGACAAGCCUGAUCGCGGUGUAUACAUCCAUUAGCCAUCCACUUCCCUGUCGCUUUGGUCAGCUAUACACAAUUGUUACUUUUUAUUCAGGCAAAAAUGUGCAUGGAAUUCCACAUGGAUUCACAUACUGUUGAAUAUAUAAAAAAGUUGUUUACUAAUUUAAUAUUACACUGAAAAUUCCUUUUUUAAUUUCACCUAUCAAUACCCUAAUUGCUUUCUUAAGCUAUAUAAAAAUUUGAACCUGAAAAUGAAAUCCAGUAAUAUAUAGCUAAAAUGAGACCACUCCAUAGUUUUACACAAAUAUGCAUUUUUAAAUCCUGGUUUAAUCAUGUUUCUGCUGGCAGAAAGCUACACUGAGCAGCAGGUUGCUUCCAGGUUCAAAAUUUCCAAGCAGGUGAAGCAGGAGACACUGGGAAAGGCCAGAAACCAGGCAGGUAAAGGGCGGAAGCGACAUUCUAAUGCCAGAGAUGACCGUUAACCUAAGUGACAGUUUCUAUUAGUGGAAAUAAACGGCCAGCAUCGCUGAAUAAUUGGAGCGGAAAACGAGGGAAAAUGCGAUAGCGACUUGCGAGAAUCUGCCUCGUGCCCAUUGCUUCUGGUAUAGGCUCCGGACCCCCCGCGACCCAGUAGGACAAGCGGUUUGGAAAAUGGAUGGAUGGACUUGCGAGAAUGAAGUUCAAUGCAUCCGCCUUUCUUAAAUUGCAUGUUAAUAGAAAAAAAUCGUACCGCCUUCGUAUGAUUAUAACAUGCACGCACUCACAAUGCGGACUUAAUACUGUGAAUUUAAAGCCAAUUCGUCGCUUUAGCGUUGUGUGUAACGAGCUGGGCUGGGAUGUCGCCACGCUCGAACCACUUACGGCUGAGCAUUGAGAUAUACAGCAUAAAGAUACCGUGGAUGAACUAAGCAUUCGGUGUAUCACUCUUUUGUACACAAGAAUUCAGGGAAACCUCUCUUUACAUCUUAUGUCUUAAUAUAAAAUAUAUGAUAUUGACGAAAUAAUUACGAGAGCAUUAAAUGUGCAAUAAUGUUCCAUGAGAAACAUUUUUAUAUUGCAUUGUAAUCUCGAAAACAUGUCGCUGGCCGUUAUUGUACUAUGACCACAUGGUAAAGUGAUUCUGCAUCGCAUUUUGUAUCUCUAUAUACAGAUACGCGUGUUGCAUUUCUUCUCUGUCGUUCCGCGCCCUGAAUGAUUGCCGGCAGAAACAGGCGCGAGGCACAGAUCCGUCCGCUCAUCGCCGCUGAGUCCCCGGAUGUCAGCCGUUUGAGCUUCUGCGCAUUUACACAGCUGACCGCAAUAAAUCCGCUUUGCUGACUGAUUACGCCGGAAUCAGAAGUUCUAUUAAGAUCCAUCUCUUAAAAUCGAAUUCGACGUAUAAGUCUGAAAUAAUGUAAUUUAAGUGGAAAAAAGUUUAAUACGUUUAUACACCAAUUCAACAUUGCUAAAUAGAAAUUAAGUAAUUUCUUCACUAACAUCACUUUUAGGUACAUUACGUACUACCGGUAUAUAAAAUGACGUCGAGAUCACUUACAGGUCACUUUAAAACAUGAUAUAUCAGUUGUCAUCUGGCAUGUCAACCGCAGUGAAACUAAAGCGUUUCAAAAAUAAAACAUUUAAAUUCAGACACAACCGCAAAGUUGCUUCUGCGCAGUUUUCAAUGAAAUCGCUAGUACUAUUUUUUUUAAUGAACACAUUUUACAUGAGAUUUCACACAUGAAGCUUUGCCAUUUUCAAACGUCAGAAUUUGUGCGGCUCCCUCUAGCGGACACACAAGUGUCCGCACAUUCUAGAAACCUCUCUGAUUAUUAGAAUGAACACGCGCGCCCUCUAUCGGGGUUUCUGUGACAAUGAAAUGUUGAACUCUUUCUGGCACCUGCAAAGGACAUUCACGAUGCGGUCACAAGAAAUGCGAACGACUGGGAAAAAUGCAGAAGUUCACGAGGCUUUGAAAAUGAAGAUGAAAGUAGAUAUUUAUUGCUUUGACAUUAUUUUGAACUUACUCAUUUUAACAGCAACCUUUUCCCUUGUACUGUCAUGAGGCCAUUAAUUGUACGAAUUAUCAAAAUGUUUAAUGUCGUUCGCCGUUGGUUAUAAGAAAAAUCCACAUCUUGUCAGCUUCAUGGAAGAUGCUGCUUGGGCGGCUUUCACACAGUCUCACGCCCCCAUCCUCUUAUGGCUUCCAGGCGAACUGCAGCACUCGGCCGGUUGCUCAGUGAGUGACUGCAGCUGGAGAGACAAUAACACUGUCUGCCACACAGCCUGAACUCGUCUCACGAUGGAUCAGCAGCAGGACUUCAUGAACUCCGACCCCAGCAACGCAACCCUGCACUACAACUCUGGGGAUACCGUGGCCGCUGCCAUGGCUGACAUGACCAUUAAAGAUGCUCACCAGGGGGGCAAGGAUGUCAAAGAGAAUGGGGUGUCUGCAGUGAAAGUAGAGUCCCAGGAGCCCUCAGAAGAGGAGGCAGCAGAAGAAGCGGUGUCUCAGCUUGCUGAGCCCGAGAGUGCCCCCUCUGGUGAGGAGGUGCAACUGGAGGAGGAAGGCGCCGGAAAUGCAGCCAUCGCUGCCCCUGCUGUAGUGGCUGAUCAAGAGGAGUUCCCAGGAAUGAGCCUGAACCUCGCAGGAACCGCACCGAUUGGCAGCUGCACUUUCGUCAAGGAUGGGAGUGACUCGGAGCAAGCCCGUGCCUCCCUUACAAGCCCUGGGGACCUGAAACAUGUGGGAAUGAAUGGGUCUGUGCCAUUUUCUCCAAGGGAAUUCUCCUCAGAUGCAUAUAGGAGGCAGUCAGAAGACUCGGACAGAAUUUCCCAGAGCCCUGGCCAGGUGCAAAGUGAGUCAGGGGUGUCGCUGGUCCGCAGUGUUGUGGUAGCGGAUCUCUCAUCCUUGGGAGUGGGUUGCAUGGACGACAAAGAUGGACACCCUGCUACUAACCUCUCUCCGUUCCCUGAAGGCAAGAAUCGUGUACUAUCUUUCGAUUACACCGAACCUCAAUGCCCAACUGGCCAGGAUGGGCUCAGUGGGGAACUGAGCGGCCCUGAUGAGUCGCUGUCCGGAAGCAGAAGCCCGGAGCCAUGCCUUGCCGACCCUUGGUCUCCCACCUCCCCUAUUGUGGUACCCAAGGGGGCAAGUCAAGCAUCUCUGAGUCCUGAGCGACAGCCUGACAGUCCUGUGGCAAGCGAGGCCCAGAAAGACCCUGGAGACACCGAGAGCUUUUCUGAAUUAGCAAAUGUGGCUCCUUCAAAGGCAGAUGAAUACCUGGAGACAUUGGAUGAAGAUCUCAAAGCAGCUGUGAAAGCCACAGAUGAGUCUGCAGGCAGCGAAGAUGUCUUGUCAUACCAGGAUCAGGGAGCUAUAUCCCCCCCUGAGAAGACCCAGCAGAAACCUCUGUCCAAGAUUGUUGCCCCUCCUGUGUCUUACUCCAAAUCUCAGAAACCCCCCCAGAAAGAUGCUUCCAUAGACAGAAAAUCAAAUGUUCCAGUCCCUCAAACCAAAGCUAAAACCAAGGCUGAUGCUGAGAAGAAUGCUGCCACCAGCGAGAAGAAGACCCCCACAACCACACCUGCCAAAUCUAGACCCACUUCCACCCCAAAAAGACCCUCCUCAGUCACUGCGAGCCCCUCGAAAAAACCCCUGGCCGCCUCCACUAGCAGGCCCGUCGCUAAAGCCAGCAGUGCAGGAGCCAGUGGGACCAGGCCACAGGUGGCUGAUGGGAAACCUGGAGCCAAACCUCAAGCUGCAGGGACCAAAAUUCCUGGCAAGACCCCGACUCAGACUGAUUCCCCCAAGACCCCUGACCGCAGUGGAUCCAGCACCCCAAGAUCACCCUCCAGCCGUGCUCACACCCCCGGCCAGCCGGGCGUCGGAGCCAACAAGGAGGUGAAGAAGGUUGCUGUGGUUCGCACCCCGCCCAAGUCACCGGGGUCCAUGAAGAACCGCUCCCCUGCGUCCGCAGUCCCCAUGCCGGACCUGAAGAAUGUCCGGUCUAAAAUCGGCUCCACGGACAACCUCAAGCACCAGCCAGGAGGAGGGCGGGUACAGAUUCUGGAUAAGAAGGCGGACUAUAGCAGUGUCCAGUCUAAGUGUGGUUCCAAAGUCAAUCUCAAGCAUAUUCCUGGAGGUGGCAAUGUGCAAAUUCCUAAUAAGAAGAUGGACUUUAGCGAUGUUCCGUCUAAGUGUGGCUCCAAAGAUAAUAUGAAGCAUGUUCCUGGAGGUGGUAAUAUUCAAAUUGUUCACAAAAAGAUGGACUUGAGCAAUGUUCAGUCAAAAUGUGGCUCGAAGGACAACAUUCGACACAAACCAGGUGGUGGCAACAUUGAAAUAAAGACAGAGAAGCUGGAGUUCAAAGGCCAGUCAAAGGUUGGCUCUCUUGAAAACAUCGGGCACGUGGCUGGUGGAGGACAGAGGAAGAUUGAGUCACACAAGCUGACCUUCCGUGAACAGGCCAAGGCUCGCACAGACCACGGGGCGGAUAUCGUCUACAAGUCCCCCACUGCCUCCACGGACGGCUCGCCCCGCCGCCUCAGCAACGUGUCCUCCUCUGGUAGCAUCAACAUGGCCGACUCACCCCAACUCUCCACCCUCGCCGACCAGGUGUCCGCCUCCCUUGCCAAGCAGGGCUUGUGAUUCCCGUGCCCCCCAGCUGGAUUCCUCGCUCCCCUGAGGGGAACAAAAAAAUCACUCUGAAAGAUGAAAAAAUAAAACAGUAACCUUUGCGUUCAUUCCUCCGUCCUUUCAAACGAGUUGUGUGCAGGAUUUCCUAACUGGGUCAUAUAUCCUACCCUGCCUCUUACUGUAUUUUUGUUGAUUAGUGUUUUGGGCAUGACGGUUAGAUAACUAGGAAAAUCGAUGAGUUAUGAUAUUUAGUUUACUUCCAUUUCUGGAAUAUAUUUGAAUGCAUUGAUCCUGUUUGUUGUUGAUAAUGCAAAACCAGGUCCCUUUUAAAGAAGAACCACACUAAUCACACAGACCAGGAGCCUGUAAGUUAUUUCAGCACUUCUCUCACGCCUCUAUCAUGUUGUCUUUUAGUCUGUGCUCUUAAGAGACCUCUAAGAUGUUUUGUUUUAUGCAGUCUGCUUUUAACCUUGCUUGCGUGUCAACUUAGUAAAUGCACAAAAUUCCAAAUACAGAAAUAAAUAGGCCUAUGGUUGGAGUGAAGUGUAUGUAAUCAAAUAAAAAUCAUCAGGAAAAAUCCAGAAAAAAGGAGGGAAAGUGGUUUUAGCAUAUACUUCAUAAUAAGCAAAGCCCUUGUCAAUUAUGAUAACUGUGGAUCACACAACUUCUGCACAUCCUACAUUAUCUGCAUAGUGCAAGGGCAGCCCAUUCAGUCUACUCUCACAAGGGAUUUCCUAAGCAGCAUAAAACUGGAUGAUAUUGAGUCCUUGGGCAGAGCAUUGAGUCAGUUCAAGCCUUCAGAAUCACUCUACUAUUCAGACUGUUAUCUCAGAUUCAGAAGCCCCAGUGGGAUUUGCCAUUUGUUUUCUGCAUGGACUUACUUUACCCAACUCUGAACUCCAGUAAGAGACAGACUUCAGCUCCAUUUCUGAACGACUACAGUGAGGCAUGUGUAUGUUGCCGAGUAGUGAAAUUAUUUAUCAAUGUGAGAACGGCAGGGCCGCAAGGGCAACCUUGCUUAAACCAUGAUUACCGUUAUAUCAGAGCAUGGAAGAGGACAUCUUACCAGUGCAUUUCAUCAUACCUUUAUUCUUUUCCCCUUACUGCACAAAUGUGACCUGCGUUAAUAGGGAUUUAGUGAGGGAAGGAUUGAUCUAUGAACUACAAUAGAAUUCUUGGUCACCAUGACAACAGGGUGGCAAAUGCUUCCAAGUACGUGCAGCUACAUGAAGGACUGAAUAUGUGUUUUCUUUUUGGUUGGGGGCCUCUGACCCUUGAUAUAAAUGCAGACUAGGAGGCCAAUGCCACGAUUUUAGCCGUUAAUUGAGUCAUGAUAUUAUACUUACCACAGGUAAAAGUAGCAGAAUGACAAUAAACACAGCUUCACAUGUAGUUUAGUUUUACAUUUAAGUUUCAUGCUGUGCUUUAACAUAAACCUGGCAGACAAAGAGCUGAGAGAUUUUAUAACACAUCAGUCCGAGAGAUCCUAUUACUAACUCUAAUUACUGUAGUGACAAAUUUUUACAUGCUUCCCUUUUUUUGAAAUAAACUACUUUAUCUCUAGUUGGUUCUGGAUUUAACAAUUAACAGAUGUACUUUGGGAGAAAAUCUGGAUCAUGGGUUUUAUUCUUUUAAAACUCAGGUUCCUCGUCAGCAUUAUUAGGCAUUAAGCUGUGGUUUCUGAGACUCCUUUAAAGCAUGUAUAUGGAAAUAUGGUAAAUUAAAUAAUUCGUAGUUUCCUCAGUUUGCCCUCCUUUGUUAAACUGUUUUAAAGAAACAGUUUCAUGAUUGUUGUCAAGUUAUUUUCCCAUCCACAAUAAGCCCUUGUGGAACUUUAAACAGUGUGGUGCGGUGGAGGAUAAACGUUUCCUUCAGAGUUUCCUGGACAAAACAAGUUUGAGGAUGUGCAGGAUGGUGGAAGCCAGCUCUUACUCUCACCACGUCGACAUUACAGGGUACCUGUUAUAAAAAUGGCAAGGGGAGGGUACCCACGUUAAAGUAGAAACGCUUUGCAAAGAUGCAACAAAAUUUUCAAGUAGUAGAAGUGAUGCUGCAUAGUCAUACGCUUGACUCCAUUCUCAUUACCCAUAAUUCCCCACCUCACAUUAUUCCCCUCCCCAUUGGCCUUUUCUCCCUGCAUGUACAGCUAGAUAAGAAAGAAGACUAAAGCAAGACCGUGACCGAGCCCAAACUCCCCCUUCCCAACGCUUUCUUCACUGAGGGCACAUGCUGCGCCACAUAUCAAGAAAGUAAAUAUUUCGUCGCGAGAAAAAAAAAAAAGGAAAAAAAAGUGAAAAAGUAUGAAACGCUUAACUGCAUAAAACCAAGCUUUUUCUAAUAGUAUUCCGUGGAUGUGCGAUGUACCUGAUUAUCAAAACCCUGUUUUGGAUUGUGUCUGCUGGCGUAAUCUACCCUUUUAUUUAUGUUCAUGCUCCUAAGUAAAUACUUUUUAUUUAAUAUUUUUUUAAGAUGAAAGCUCUUCACAAAAACAUUUUUACCCUUGUUGAUGAAUGAACUGAGACUACACUAAUUAAAAGAAGAAAAAAAGAAAAAAAAAAUUACAACUGUCAUAUGUCUGAAAGGUCAGAGUGGAUUGAAAUAACAGUAAUAUGUGUAUGUGUUAGCAAACGUUAAACGGCUAGUAGACUGCUGUGAUAGUUAAAACUGUCGCAACUUGGGCAAGGAAGCAACAUCCGGAGUCUACGGUUCUGCUUCAGACCUGAACCUGAGGUACCACUGGUUUCAUGGCAUAGCCUCCAAAUCUCCAUGCAUAAAAAAAUUCAGGUGUAAAGAAACGGGAUAUUUUGGGAGUUGAUAUUUAGAACCAUUGCUGGGGAAAAAAGGGGGGGGGGGGGGUUCAGGCCUGAGCAAAAUGAAGAUGAAGGAAUGUUUGAAACUCCUGCAAAAAUCGAAACUGCAGUGUGACGAUUUCGGUUUAGUCAGAUGGGGGGUGGGGGGGGGGGGGAGAAUGAUUACAGCCAGGGCUUAUUUCUAUUGAUAUUCUGCUGUUGCACCUGUUCACCAGUUAGCCUAGAACCUCCAUUGUAUUCCAAUAAUGCCCAUUUUCAUAUUUAGGGUGAUUUCACUUGUGACAGCAGGAGAAAUAAGACCCAAGUGCUCACCCAUUUCUUCUUGAUGGGGACGAUGUGUUUGAUAUGAUAGCGUUAGAGAAUUAUCCAACCUAUGUAUGUGUGUACUUGUUUGGCUUAUUGUUGAACCACUGCAGAGGUAUAUUUGAGGCAGUAACAGAAGCUUGCUCCUGAAGAUUCAGUUCCGGAAUGCAACCAGUUCAUUUGCAUGUAGUCUUGUAACUUAUAUCGCUGACACCAAAACUCUUGAGUGACUUGGAUGUAUGUUUGAAUAGUCCGUCUCCUCCGCAUUAAAUGAACAAAGCUUCUUGGUAGCAGGAAAAAGUAAAAAAAAAAAAAGAAAAAAAAGAAGAAAAAAACCUGGUAGAGACGCUAUAUCCAAGAACCACAGGAGGGGAAGGGAAAAUGUUCUGUGAGGCUUUCUAUGUUGUAAAUGAUUUUUUUAAGAGCUCUCCCCUCUUUUGAGAGUUUUGGAAAGGUAUUGCCAUUUCAGUCUCAUUAAUGCCUUUAAACUCCCCCCAGUUUCUGCAUUUUAUUUCUGCAGUUCUACAUUCUAGCUUGGCAAUUGUGACUGUCCAUAUGGUUAUUGUGUUUUAUUAAUAACUGGUUUACACUGAUAUUUGUUGCUGUAAAUGUGAAUUUGGAAAUAAAAUCUGUAUUAAACAGC